CACCGUAGAUAUGUGUGCGUAUCGUCUGAAGACUAACACUACUCACAUUAUUGUGUAUAUGAAGUUUACUUGAUCUCAGACUGCGCUGCCCGUUAUAAAACAAAAUACGUGUACGCGCGACAUUCCGAUCCGGGAUACUGAUGACUUUUAACUUGUUAAAUGACAAACUUCAGAUGUUUAUAUAACGAGCCAAGACUCUAAACAUAUCCGACGGUGUGUGUGGCUCGUUUGCGAAUCGUGAUGCGUUUCUCCAUAACCGAACGAGCUCGUAACUUGUCGGUUCCUGAAAGUAAACAAACUUUCCGACGGUGAAGGCGCGGGUCCUCGAGCUCAGCAUGGACCGUCGGACGCGACCCAACGGAGACGAUUACGUUCAUGAAGUCCAGCAGGGUGUCGUGGUUAUGUGGCAGAGAUUUAGUAAACCUUACCGUGUCGCGUGUAUUUGACUGCGCUCGGAUGAAGCCAUGAGCCGUCAGGUGAUCAUCCUUUCUGGAUUGAUUUGUCUCUGUGUGACUCGGUGUUGCUCUUCCAGACUUGAACACUGCGACAACGGAAAGACAAAUCUGAUCACAGACCUACCAGGACCUGACGAGCUUGUGUGUCGUGAGCUUUGGCCAGAGCCACAGACAGUAAAUCACGAUAAUAUGCCUGAUGUUGACACAAAACAUAAUAUAAAGGCUGCUGAUUACAUCUGUAUGGACAAACCUCUUACAUACAAUGAGCGCAUACCCACCCAUGGUCCUUACCGGCCUGUUGAGGCAGAGAGUGGAGAGUAUCUUUACUGCCCCCCUCAGCGCUGGCUGCACAACCUCAAAAACGGAGCGCUGGUGUUUCUGUAUCACCCGUGUGUCUCGGCGGAAGCUCGCAGGAGUUUGGCGGGCUUGGCUCACUCGUGUCUGUCUCGUUACAUCCUCACACCUCACCCCUGGCUCAGCCAACACAGACCUUUAGCAGUGGUCUCGUGGGGUCACUCACUAGAGAUGUCUCGCAUCACUCUGGGGGUUUGUGAUUGGUUGUUUACCAUUUCCUCCGAUAUUAAUCAAUCUAAUACAAGCCAAAGAGCGAAGUACAAUCUAUAUUUAACAAAGCCAGCACCUCUGGACAAAGCAGAGAACACCAGUCAAGAGAUGUCCAAAGUGGAGAGAUUAAAGUUCCUCAAAAACUGCUGCAUGGAGACUCUCGGUCUCACUGAGCUACAGAGGACCAGAAGGAGAACCAGGAAGAGCAGGAUGGUUGUCAAACAAUCCCUGGAAGAAGUGGAACUGACGGAUGACGUCAAACCAGAGGAAUUUAACAACACAGAGAGUGCAAAACUGAACCGCAAAGACACGCUACCACAAAACCGCACAAAAGAGAUGGCGUCCCUCUUAGUGCUAACUGUUACACAAUCUCUCAGUUCUGCAAAGGACUCGAAGGAGCCUGGAGACAGCGCUAAAGACAAAUCGAACGCAACUGAGAAGCAGUUUUCACCAAGUAAUGUGACUGAAAGACCUAAAUUCCAAAGUAACAGAAAAACACCUAAGAAAACUAUAACAGGAGGUAAGAAGCAUCGCAUUAAGACUGACACAAAGGCUCAGAGGACGGGAUCUGAAUGCGGGGAGCUCGGACAGUGUGGAGUCUCAGACUCCUCAAAGUCUCCUCCUUUAGGAGGACCGCUGAGGGGCGAAAGGAUGCCCAUACAACGUACAGAUGAGGCCGUGUGGGCAGCAGGCGCUUUGGGAUUCCUCUUAGUGCUCCUCACUCUGUCUGUGCUCCAUACACGACUCUAUCGCCACUGGAGGGCUUCAACCAGUCUCUACUGGCAUGACAAUCAGCAAGACUACGAGAGUGUGGGUGACAUCAUCCGGCGGAGGCUUAGGAUGGUUGGCCGAAGGAAAAGAAGGAGUGGCCAGAACAGGAGACAGGAAUGUCCAUUGUUGACUGAUACCAGCAAUGAGGAGAACUCUGAUUAAUGGACAGGAUUGGGGAACACUAGAAAUCUUACAAACUGUUGGAAAAUCGCACAAUAAUCUUGUGGUGCUCAUGAAGUAAAUAUGGACCUUUUUUUUAUAAAACUAAGGAUAACUUUCCACAUUGAAGACUUCAACGACAAUUUGUCUCUUGUAUUUCAUAUAGUGACAGUUAAGUGAUAAGGGUUAUUUAAUUUCUACCAUUUAGUUUUAACUUUUACACUUUGUGUAUGUUGUGUGUUGCAUUGUCUGUAGUUGUUAUAUCAUACUGGUAAAGCAGCGAUAAUAUGGAAGGAGUGACAAAUCAUAUUUUUCACAUUGUGUACAAAGUGUAAUUUAGGAUUAUUAAAACAGAAAAAAAUGUAGGGUAGAGAUUUUAUUCUAAUCAUUGAUUGCUCAUUAGAUUUCACUCAAAAGUGAAUUUCCAUUUCCAUGCUGACUUGUGUAAAGGUGGAAUGUUUGGUUCACACUACAGGCAUUUGUUUCCUGCUGCUUAGGUAUUAUUUUUGAUGGUAGGUUUCUAAAAAGCUGUGAUAAUUUACUCAUCCUUACGUUAUUCUAAACCUGUAUGACUCUUUUUUUUUUUCUGUGGAACACAAAAGAAGACAUUUUUAAGAAUGUUGCAAACUAUGUUUUAGUGACGAUGUAUUAGAUUCCAAAGAGACAUUUCUCAAAAGCAUACAGGGGUGAGUUUUUAGUUUUUAGGUUAAUAGCCUCUUAUGAUAAGUAUGAAUGAAAAAAUGAUGCAUAUGGUAUCCUACUCUAUAGCCCCGUCUGUUGGUGAGCAUGACUGUGGUUCGUGUGUCACAUGACCUGACACAAGGAGAUGGCAGUAGAGAGCUCCCUGGUCAAUAGUUUCAAUUAUGUAACUGCGCUGGAAGUUGUUGAGCAAAUACUUUUUCAUGUGUAGCAUACUAAUUGUAUUGUUCAGAAUCAUACUAAAAGCAAUAAAGACAUUCAUCUAGAUUCUAUUUGGGCCAUAAACUACAUAUUUUGUAAUAAUAACCUUAAUUCUCAGAAUAAAUCCACUCGAAGUGAACAUAGACUUUAUAUGAAUACUGCCUGAAAUCAAAUUUAGUGGCCUUACACAAACGAAGCCGUUUUUCAAUUCAACCACAAAAUGUUAAAAUCUUAAAAUUUUCAAAAAAGUGAUUAUUCCAAUUCUAUUUGACACUCACAACUUGUCUUGCAAAACCUUGAAUGUGCUCUUUACAACAGAAGAGGGACAAACUUGACUACGAAAGAAAAACAUUAUAGCAUUUAGUAUUUAUAGUACUUGUGUAUUUGCACACAUUACACAAUUUUCACAUUACUCCAGGUUGCAGUUAUUUGUCACUAAAGGAUUAAGACAUUUUCAUGUAGUCUUGCAAAAUGUUGUUUAUCCAUGCAGACACUAUGCAGAAGAGAACGAUAUAUUAAAAACAAAACCAUCCUUUGAUGACAAAUGUUGUUGCCUAAUAUUGGGCCUACGUGAAAGAGCUAUCUUGAGUGAUACCGAUCAUAAAUAAUUUCAAAAUAUGUUUUGCAUAAAUCUUCAUCCUGUGUUGUCCUCACUCCUCCAUAUAUUAGAUCUCCUAGCAUUUUUUUUUUUAUCCUAAAACAAUGCAAUUACUGUUCAACAGAAUUAACCAUAUAAUUGUCUCAAUGAUAACCAGGGACGUCUUUUGCAAGUGUGAGCGGUUGUGAGUUGUGCAAUUGAAGCCAUUUGAAGGCAAAAUAAAGAAUGCAAUGCAAUCUGUGGAUCAGUGGCUUUCGGCUAUGUAUUGUGAAAUCAUAACAGAAAACAAGAGAUGCUGUGGAAACAUGAAGCGAGAUGUUAAAGGUGUACAUGUGCUAUAUGUUUGCUCAUUAAAGCUUCCGAUCCAGUA